AGUUUGCUGGGUGGUUGCGUCAAGCCUACAGUGUGCAUCGGCAUCUAACGAGGAAUAUUCUGUAGCCUGUAGUGGACUGAACUGGAUUAAAAGCUUUUCAUUCACUUGAAACAAGUCGCGUAGUUGGUGUCCUUGUUUCGUUUUUAUUUUAUUUUUUUCCUUCUAAAAUUGAUUUACACGAAGGAAACAUGAGAAGUUGAACCGGCGUUCGCAGCGAGGACUUCAAAAAUGAGCUUUUUUCACAAUAUCGUUGUAGUUUUAAUUGUGGGCCUGAGCGUCCGCGUGACCACCGAUGGAGUGGGCCAGGGGCUGGUGUGGUCGAGGGACGAGGACGGGAACAGGACGGCCCGGCAGAUCCAGUGCGUGGAAAACCAGGAGUACCUGCACGGCAGCUUCUGCUGCCAAAACUGUAAAGCCGGCACCUAUGUGAAGAAAGCCUGCACAAGGGCCUCAGAGGCGGGAACCUGCGUGCCCUGUGAGGCCGGGACAUUCACCGAGCACCCCAACGGGAUGACCAGCUGCCUGCCGUGCUCGUCCUGCCGCCACGAAGAUCAGGAAGUGACAAUGAGCUGCAACAGUACUCGAGACACGCAGUGCCAGUGUCGAAAAGGCUAUUACUGCGAGCCUGACCAGCCCUGUGAGAUGUGCAAGCGGUGCCCUAAAUGUAAAGAGGAUGAGGAGAUGGAGAAGCAGUGCACCCCCACAUCCAAAACCAUCUGUAGGAAGAAGUCCACCCCUUCCCCAUCCCCGACCGACACCCCAGAGUCGUCCUCCGUUGUUACCACUGUUCUCGCGACUGUCCUCCCGAUCAUAUUUGUCCCCGUGUUACUCCUCAGUGGCCUGUUGCUUUGGAAGAAAUGGCAGUCCAAGAAAAUGGCAGAUGCCCAAAGUGAUCCGAAUGAAGUGAAGAUUGAUAAGUUGGGAAACGGGAGCAGCGGCCCACCACAGGGGGCGCAGGAGAGCCAGCACAGCGGCACCGAGGAGCCGCAGCAGGAGUCGCAGCCCCUACUGCAGGAGACGGCCGCCAAGCCCUUGCCCAUGGAGGACGAGGACAAGGGACUGGGCGACAGCCUGCCCAACACCACCAACUCGUCUCAGACGAGCCUGUCCGCGCUUCCCACCGUGCCCUCCCGCGGCAGCUCCCCCCGACACAGCCCCGAGACGCAGAGACAGACCCCCUGCAGGGGUGAGUUCCAGCACAGAAGGCUCAUUCCUUUGAAUGGAGAGGAUUCGCUGAAGAAGAGCUUUGACCUUUUCCACGAAUUUCUGGACAUUAAGAUCCACAACAGAUUCUUCAGGAGUAUCGGUCUGACAGACAACAUGAUCAAAACUGCAGAGAGCACUCACCCUGACGAUAAGGUCUACGAGCUCCUCAAAACCUGGAUGCAGCGGGAGGGCCUAAAAGCUGACAUCAAUUACCUUAUUGAGGAGCUGCUUAAUUUAGACCAAAAGCUUUCGGCAGAAAACAUUAGCUGUAAGGCAGUGGCCAAAAGAUAUUAUAAAUAUGAGGAUAAAUAUGAAUUAUAAUAGUCUUUCCAGAGCAGUGAAACAAAUCACAGAAAAAAACUUACAUAGUAAGGCGACCAAUGGUCGGUAAUUGUAAAUUACCUCUGACAUGUUAAUUGACCUAGGGUCAAGGUUACAUAAAAAUACCUCAGGUAUAAGAGGACAGCUGGUUCACGCGACCAGGUGUAUACACCUGUGCCACCUGCAGCACCCAACAGGGGUCUAGCAAAUGACCCAAGGGGUUGGCUAUACACUGGCUUUGAAGGGUUGCUGUAAUGGCUCCACUCUGAUGUCUGCACUGAUCACACUUGGUUCAGUCACCUACAGGUGCAUGUACAGAUCCAUCUGGAAGACGGUGUGGGUGUUUUGCGCAUAGCGUGUUGUGGAGCGCGUGAUUGGGCCGUUUCACUAACUGGAGAGAUGGAACUGGAUGAGCCCAAGCUGGAACAGUUGGUACUUCCUGGAGAAGAAUCAGGUGUUCUCAGACAAGCACAACUGUGGUCAUAAGUGUCUUUUUACUUCUUGGAAGGAAUAUAUAUUGUUUGACCACACCAGCCACAGGUUCAUCGUCCAUUCUCUCAGCCUUUGGCUGUAUAGGUUUAUUAUUUAUUGUGAGAUAUUUAUUUUUAAAAAAAUGGCUGUCUAUUGUUGUUCAUUCCAUUGUGCCAUCAUAAAAUCAUGAGGAUGUUGCAGUAUUCAGAUGGUUCAGUUUUGACACUUUACCCUAGUGGUAAAAUGACUGGCAUCAAAUGACCAUGAACAAAUCAGCAGCAGAUCAACACAUUGGUGAUAUUUUCAGUUGCACUGAUCAGUCAGCAUUUUCAGCAUGAAUUUAAGCCUGAUUGAGAUUUGCACAUAAAGAGGAAAGGGCUGAAUGUAUUCCCUGCUCUCAUCUGCCGGGGAGUAAAUGGCAUAGUAACAGGAGCCUUUCUCUUGAUCAGUGUGGAGCAAAGGAUUUCUCCCUCAAAAAGAAGAAAAAAA